UACACUGGUGAUCUGUCGGCUACGUGUCCGGAAGACAUCUUACUUCCACGCUGGCUCUGUUUUGUCGCAGAGAAGUACAUAUCUGAGUGUAGACGAUCUGUCGAGCAAAGGCAAUUGUGAAAUCUCGUUAGGAACAAGACUUCGUCAUAUGAAUGAGGCAAAAUGUUGACAAAGUUUGAAACUAAGUCAGCAAGAGUCAAAGGUCUCUCCUUUCAUCCGAAGCGGCCAUGGAUUUUGGCAAGUUUGCACAAUGGUGUCAUCCAACUGUGGGAUUACCGAAUGUGUACCUUGAUUGACAAGUUUGAUGAACACGAUGGUCCAGUCCGAGGCAUCUGUUUUCACAACCAACAGCCAUUGUUUGUGUCUGGUGGUGAUGACUAUAAGAUCAAGGUUUGGAACUACAAACAAAGGCGAUGUUUGUUCACCUUGCUGGGACAUCUGGACUACAUUAGAACGACAGUGUUUCAUCAUGAGUACCCAUGGAUCCUCAGUUCAUCAGAUGAUCAGACAAUCCGCAUAUGGAACUGGCAGUCCAGGAAUUGUGUUUCAGUACUGACAGGUCACAGUCACUAUGUCAUGUGUGCACAGUUCCAUUGCUCUGACGAUAUGGUAGUGUCUGCAUCCCUGGACCAGACUGUGCGAGUCUGGGACAUCUCAGGGCUUCGUAAGAAGAAUGUAUCACCUGGACCUGGAGGUAUAGAAGAGCGGAUUCGCAACCCAGGUCAGACUGACUUGUUUGGAACCUCCGAUGCCAUCGUGAAGCAUGUCCUGGAGGGCCAUGACCGAGGGGUCAACUGGGCAGCCUUCCAUCCAACCCUGCCCCUCAUUGUGUCAGGGGCUGAUGACAGGCAGAUCAAGCUCUGGAGAAUGAAUGAUUCGAAGGCCUGGGAAGUGGACACUUGCCGUGGUCACUACAACAAUGUGUCCUGCGUGUUGUUCCAUCCCAGGCAGGAGCUGAUUCUCAGCAACUCUGAGGACAAGAGUAUUCGUGUGUGGGACAUGAGCAAGAGAACUGGUGUCCAGACCUUCCGGCUGGAACAUGACAGAUUCUGGGUCAUGUCUGCACAUCCCUCUCUCAACCUGUUCGCUGCAGGACAUGACAGUGGGAUGAUCAUCUACAAGCUGGAGAGAGAACGCCCAGCCUACGCUGUUCAUCAGAACAUCCUGUUCUAUGUAAAGGAGCGAUACCUCCGCAAAUUGGACUUCACUACAUCCAAGGAUGUCCCUGUCAUGCAGCUGAGAGGAGGUUCCCGAACACCCGUCUACAGCAUGUCAUACAACCCUGCAGAAAACGGUGUGCUGCUCUGCACAAGAACAAGUAAUGUGGAGAACUCGACUUAUGACUUGUAUGCCAUUCCCAAGGAUUCGGACUCCCAGAAUCCAGACUCCCCAGAAGGGAAGCGAUCGUCUGGCCUGACAGCAGUGUGGGUCGCCAGGAACAGAUUUGCUGUUUUAGACAGAACACAUUCGAUCAUCAUCAAGAACCUGAAGAACGAGAUCACCAAGAAGGUCCAGGCCCCCAACUGUGAGGACAUCUUCUAUGCUGGCACUGGAUGUCUGCUGCUAAAGGACAAUGACUCCGUCACCCUGUUCGAUGUGCAGCAGAAGAGAACCCUGGCCACCCAGAAGAUCUCCAAGGUGAAGUAUGUGGUGUGGGCCAACGACAUGUCCUCAGUGGCCCUGUUCAGCAAGCAUGUGAUCUCCAUCUGCAACCGGAAGCUGGAGAACCUGUGUACGAUACAUGAGAACAUCCGCGUCAAGAGUGGAGCCUGGGACGAGAGUGGCGUCUUUGUCUACACCACCAGCAACCACAUCAAAUAUGCACUUACAAAUGGGGACCAUGGCAUCAUCCGUACCCUGGACCUGCCGAUAUACAUCACCCGCAUCAAGGGCAACAACGUCUACUGUCUCGACAGAGAAUGUCGACCACGUGUGCUGCAAAUCGACCCCACAGAGUUCAAGUUCAAACUGGCUCUCGUGAACAGAAAAUAUGAAGAGGUGCUACACAUGGUCCGCAAUGCCAAGCUGGUGGGUCAGUCUAUCAUCUCCUACCUCCAGAAGAAGGGCUACCCUGAGGUUGCUCUCCACUUCGUCAAGGAUGAGAAAACCCGUUUUGGCCUGGCCCUGGAGUGUGGCAACAUUGAAAUCGCUCUGGAGGCGGCACGUGCACUUGACGACCCCAGCUGCUGGGAGAAGCUGGGCGAGGCAGAGCUGUUACAGGGGAACCAUCAGGUGGUGGAGAUGGCGUACCAGAGAACCAAGAACUUUGACAAGCUCUCCUUUCUGUACCUCAUCACUGGCAACCUAGACAAGCUGCGCAAGAUGAUGAAGAUUGCUGAGAUUCGCAAGGACACAAGUGGACACUUCCAGACCGCCCUGCUUCUUGGAGACGUGAACGAGAGGGUCCGGAUCCUCAAAGGUGUUGGACAGAAGUCGCUAGCAUACCUGACUGCCGAGACCCACGGUAUGUCGGAGGAGGCGGAGCUCAUCAAGGAGAGUUUUGGUGAGAACGACCGUGUCCCUGACCUGUACCCCAGUGCCCGCCUUCUCCAGCCACCACCUCCCAUCAUGCAACAGGAGAGCAACUGGCCACUACUGACCGUGUCCAAAGGAUUCUUUGAGGGAGCAAUGGCUGCCAGAGGCAAGCCGUCUGGUCUGGCUGCAGCAGCAGCUGACAUCGAGGACGGUGCCGGGGAAGGAUGGGGAGAAGAUGCAGAGCUGGUUCUGGAUGAAGAGGGAGGAUUCGGAGCUGGUGGAGGGUUUGAUGACGAGGAACUUGUUGGUGGUGAAGGUGAAGGCGGUGGCUGGGACGUGGGUGACGACGAUCUUGAACUUCCACCUGAUCUGGAUGUUGGCCCAACACCGACUGGAGAGGAAGGCUACUUUGUUCCUCCUACCAAGGGCACCAGUCAGACACAGGUGUGGUGCAACAAUUCUCAGCUGCCAGUGGACCAUCUUCUGGCCGGGUCCUUCGAGACAGCCAUGAGGCUGCUCCACGACCAGGUGGGUGUGGUCAACUUCCAGAGCUACAAGCAACUGUUCCUGCAGACAUAUGCCCGCUCACGAACAGCAUACCUCGGGCUGGCGUCUAUUCCACCUCUCUUCAGCUACCCACACCGAAACUGGAAAGAGGCUGGAGCUCGUAAUGGUGCCCCUGCCGUGGGUCUGAAGCUGAACAUGUUGGUGCAGCAGCUCCAAGCCGCCUACCAACUCACAACCACCGGCAAGUUUGCUGAUGCAUGUGAGAAGUUCCGCUCUAUUCUCCUCAGUGUGCCCCUACUGGUUGUGGACAACAAACAGGAGAUUGCUGAGGCCCAGCAGCUGAUUGAGAUCUGCCGUGAGUACAUCGUAGGCCUGUCGCUGGAAGCAAAGAGGAAAGAGAUGCCCAAGAGCAACCUCGAGGAGCAGAAGCGAGUCUGUGAGAUGGCAGCCUACUUCACCCACUGCAGCCUCCAGCCGGUCCACCUCAUCCUCACACUCAGGACAGCGCUCAAUCUCUUCUUCAAGCUCAAAAACUACAAAACAGCUGCAUCAUUUGCUCGGCGCCUCCUGGAACUUGGACCCAAACCUGAUGUUGCAACACAGACACGGAAGAUCCUGGCUGCAUGUGAGAAGAACCCUGUAGAUGAGCAUGAACUGAAGUAUGACCAGCACAACCCAUUCGACAUCUGUGGGGCCACCUUCGUCCCCAUCUACCGAGGCAAGCCUGUCAUUAAGUGUCCUCUCAGUGGAGCCUGCUACCUGCCAGAGUUCAAGGGUCAAGUCUGUAGGGUCACACAGGUCACAGAGAUCGGCAAAGACUGUAUAGGACUGAGAAUCAGCCCAAACCAGUUCCGCUAGACCUCCAACUGUCUGAGCAUUGAACAUUGCCUACUGGAUGUGGUAGAGACAAUAUGUGUUGAAGUGUCCUCUCAUUGGGAUCGCUGUGCUGCAGAUGAUGUCGCUACUGACGGCUUCAGUGUUGCUAUCAGCAGCAUGCCCAGGUGGAUCCAGAACAUAAUGUGAUUGUGUGUAAAUGGACAUUCCAACACAAGGACGAUCUGUAUUGUGAAUAUUGAAAGAAUGUUCAACUCACAACAUUUAGCUCCUAAAAGUUCUUCUUUUCUCUAUAUUCUGUAUGGAAAAUGGUGAUUUUUCAGCAGAUUUGAUGCAAGCAUUAAUAUUGUGAAUGCAUAUUACAAAUGUGAAUAAAUAAAUUAACAUGUCCACAGGAAACCAAUCAAAGUAAGAUCAAUUGCUAACAGGCAGACCACAAGUGUCAUGGAAAACAGCUUAGGGACAGCCCUCUAGUAUUGACUGUUAUAACUUUUGUUUCUUUGGCAUGUUACUACACAAUGUCUCUUGAAAUGCUUGAUCUGUCUGAUACCAAGGCCAGUGGUUUAUGAUUCGACUGGGCAUAUUUGGUUUAACAAGGGACAGUGUGACAUGUUGCAAUCAGGCUUUUAAAUAUGCUGAUGCAAAUUUUGUUCAUUAAAAAAGUUCUUUGGAUGGUAGUGUAAACAAAGAGCGGGACCAGCAGUGGACACAUUUAAUGAGGAAUGUUAUGGUAGUUGGCAAGAUAAUUUUACAUAUAACAAUGGGCGUCCAUCCCUUGUGAUAAAGCUGAUAACGAUGGAAGCCUUGGAGUAGAAGACAGUGUUGGUGACCUGUCUUCACAGGAAACAAUAUAGUUAUUUCUCUUGUAUGACAACUACUAUUUAUGUAUAUUUCAUCUUGAAUGUGAACAUCUUUGUUACGUGGGAAUAAAUGCCAUACUUAAAAAGA